CCAGGUCUUUUUUUAUGGACUAGCACCUGCAUCUUCAGUUUUCUCUGUUUUCACUGUUGGUUGCACUUGACUUUGCUCCUCUAAUAUGACAAACUCACUCUCGGGAUUUACAUUAGGCUAACCCAAUGGACAACGCUGCUUCAGCUCAACCUUGGAUCUGUGAAAUUGUCAUUCUAUAUUUUCUGCAAGAUCAUGAAUGCAGGUGCCAGAUGGUUAUGUUGGGUGAUGCUUGUCCAGACUUUUUCCAGACAACCUGGGCUGACAGAAGGGCUGCCUUUGCUGACAAAGAGGAGUAAGCGGGGGACGACCAACUGCAUCCAGGAGGACAAAAGAAAUAUGAAAGUUGUCAACAUGGUCCAAUUCAAACUAAAGGAGCUCCAGUUUCAGUUUAGCAGCAUUGGUUAUUCCUCUGCAAUCAAACAAAGGUUGCAAUUCCAGCCAAAUUUGGACGACCUCAAUAGGAUUUGGAGUAAUGACUCGAUUUUAAGCGACAAUGAAAUCAACUCCAUGUUUGAGACUCUUUGGCGUUACCGAGCCCACACAAUCUGGCUGUGUAAUAAUACAUCGGAGGAGUGGUUGACCGUGUUCAAUAAAACAGAGACACGGCUUCUGAUUAAAGACGUCCCCAACCUGCUGCAUGAUCUGGAGGCACGAUUCACAGUCAUGAAUCAAACAUUGGGACAACAGUUAAAUGAAAAUAUACUCGUUUCUCAAGGAGUGCACAUUGCACUCUUCAAUGUCAUUUUCACCUCCUGGGAGAGCUCUCUGACAGACUUGAUCAACCUGACCGAGCAGAUAAAAUUGUUCUUCCAAAGCCAACAGUGCAAUAAAGGAGGUGCAUAAGGACAUUGGGGACAAAGUGGAGUACGGAGGGUACACCUGGACCUUGAAUGGAUGAAAAUGAAAUCUGUCAGGAUUAGAACUGUGUGACUGCAACUGUUAAGACAAUAAGAAUGGUCAAGAUGGACAUGCAUCACACCCUCCACUCAUGCAACGCCCUUACGGUGGCCAUCAGCCUGAAGAAUUCACUGAAUUAAUGAGGACACAAAGAGCCAUGACAAAAACAAACUUGCUUGAUGCGUAACACGGUCACUUGGAGGUUUAGAAUCAGAUCCUUUGUGUGAGCUGGCUUGAGAGUCGAGGAUCUGGACUUCACUUUUCAAAUGAAUGGACGUUUUGAAAAUUCAUCUGAAGAUGAUAACGCUGAUUAUUUUUAAACAUAUAUUGCCAUCUAGGGAAGAAACAAUGUAAUCAUUCAUAAAGUCUUACUAAAGUUGGACCAAAAUGGAAGGGAAAAAUAAAAUAAA